UAUUGUUAGCUUGUUAGCUAGCGGAUGAAGUCGUGAAAUGGAGAUAUGACAGAGUAAUAACAUCUUAUUACAUGUGCACGAUUAAGUUAUAACAACUGUAAAGUGAUGGAGGACGGAAACAGGUCAGAUGCUGCCUCCACAUCCAAGAGUCAUGCAGGCUCACUUCACCUGCAGACUCCAAAAAACGAGGACACCUAUGAAAUUGCCAUCCCCUAUGAAGAGAGCAACUUUGAGCAGCAAGGAUUUUUCAACCAGACUGACCAAAAUUUUGAUGAGUCACCCCCAUCUGCCGGCCCGUCUCCUGUCAGCAACUCAUAUAUGGUGAUCACUAACCUGCGAACCCAGCUACAGAUCUCUCUGGAGAAAAACUCUUGGCUUCAGAAAAGAAUUGAGGACCUGGAAGAGGAGAGAGACUUCCUCCGUUGCCAGCUGGACCGCUUCAUCUUUUCCACAAAAAGCCACGGACAAGACCAGAGUCAGAGCCAGUACAGUAACGGUUAUGAGUCUAGGCGAUUCAAUUGGAGGGGAAGAAGAGAAGAAGAUCGUCCUGCUGAGCUACAGAAGACGGACUCACAGCAUUUCCCCUCUCGUCAGUUUAUCCAUCGAAGACCUGGUCCUCCAACUAUGGUGCCUUCCAAAAACCACGUCUCAAGUCCCAUAACUAAUCAGCUUGCCUCUAUGAAUGCUUUGUUCAACUCUACACAAUCUCAGGCUCUCUUGCAAGGCCAUAGCCAUAGUAAUCCAAGCACUACAGUCAGCGGCAACAGUGGCAGCAGUAACAGUGCUGCAAGGUCAUCAAUUAAUGAAAUGAGUGGACAUAGCAACGUAGGCACAGAUUCUCUUUCACUCUUGGGAGAAUCUGACGAGUACUUGGAGCAUGACGGUUACCUAGAGGAGGAGGAAUUGAUAUCAAGUGAAGAUGUCAUGCCAGAUACCAUUAACAACAGACACCAAUUAAAGAGAAGGCGGAUCUUACGAGCCCCUAGAGAGCGGCAAAGAGUAAAAGAUGCUGCUGGAGUGCUGUUUCGCUACAAGAAGAUUUUACUUACAUAUCAGCGCCUGAAAAAUAUGUCUAAAGCCUUCCAAAUUCAUGGUGUAGACCGCAACACAGUGGCUUCCACCACACCCAUUGCUGAGCUGCUGCUCGUGGCUCCAGAGAAGGUGGCAGAGGUGGGCGAGUUUGACCCGUCCAAGGAGAAGCUGCUGGACUACGCCCGCCGUUGCUACACUGCCCUGGAUGAAGAGACGCUCAGCAGGGUGCAGGCCCUGAAGAAGAAUAACCUGCUUCUGCCCAUCUCCUACAGGUUCAGACACUGAGGGGAGAAAGAGGUCAAGAGAGGCAGUUGGGUUCAGCUGCAGCAGGCUUGCUCACCUCUGAGGCACAAAGAUGUCCAGAGGCAUAAGGAGUUUAUUGCUCUCUCAGUGCCUGGGACAUGAUCAUGUUAACUGUGGUUGGGGUCCUUUGAUCCUCAGACAAACAAACUUUUAACAUACCACUUUUUUUAAUCAAUAUGAUGUACAGGUACAUGAGUUUCUUCAACACAUCCUCACCGUUGUCCCAGUAACAUUGAGGAAGUUGGGGUGCUUGCUGAGUCAAACACAUACGUCCCAUUGCUCAAAAAGCAAAGUGGCAUGUUUGCGUGAUUCAGAAGUUUUGGUUAAAGAUCUGUGAACUAGAAUAUGUCUUUGCCGUUAGGAUUAUUGCUUUUCCUUGGUACUUAAAUGAGUUUAACCAGCUUGGCUCAUUUUAUGUCUCAGCUGUUAGGUUUCCUGGAGUUCAGUAAAUGAUUGCUGGGAUAAUUUCAGUUCCUGACAGCCUAUAUGAUUUUUAAACAUAUAGGCUAUUUGCAAUUUGUGUCACUUUAUUUGUGUGCAAUCCUAUAAAAUAUCGUAGCUGUCAAUCAUAAUCAUGUCUGUGUAUGUUAAAAUGAUACAGCACAGCAUUGAUUUUGUGGUAUUAAGCCAUUCUUUAAAGAAAUCGUGACCAUUUCCAUGUGUUUAAAUUGUUCUAUGUGUAUUUGUCAUAUUACUUUUGUCAUUAUAUCCUCAACUAUUUUCACUUGCCUUAAAGCUAAUUUUGUGACGGCUUUGUAUGAGAGAUGCAAUAGUUUUGGGUCACUUCACUCUGAACACUCAUU